AUGUUUUUGCAAAUAGAUGGUUAUAUACCUGGACAAGAUUAUCCUAUAUAUCAUGAAAUACCACAAGGAUUAACCUUCAGAUGUGACCAAAAAUUACCAGGUUAUUACAGCGAUCCGGAAGCUCAGUGUCAAGUGUGGCACUGGUGUCUUCCUAACGGUCAAAAAUUUAGUUUUUUGUGUCCGAAUGGUACAGUUUUUAAUCAAUACGCCAGAGUAUGCGACUGGUGGUUCAACGUUGAUUGCGCAGCCGCACCAAGUUUGUAUGGAAUCAACGAGGAUUUGUAUAGGGUUCCAUCUUACGUCGAUAAACGUCAACAGAAAUAAUAAGUUACAUUAUA